ACCCAGUGGUUGAUUUUGAACUUGGUGGCCUUCCAAGGUGGGCUUGGGAAAAGCCAGGACAUUUUAUGUUCCUGCAGCAGCACCUCCCCUCCUCCCCUUGACCCUGAAGCUGGGGCCAUAGUGGGCAGAGAGCAUCCUGUCAGCUCUGUAGCCCUAAAGCCAGCACCGGUGCUGGCAGGAAGUGGGGGUAGCUUUUGGAAGGUGCUAGCUUCUCGUCAGAGGCCAGAGGGUCCUGGUCUAGGGGGCUCCUGCUGCUCUUUGAUCAGCUGUCUUUCUUGCACAGCUGGGCUGCAUCCCAUGAAACCAGGGUGAGUGAUUUGAGCCCCUGGAUACAGCAUUUGGCUGGAGCUUAGGCUAUAUGGGUUCUAAGAACAGUUUUGAUCUCUCAAACCUGUGACACCAGUUUCUGUUCAUCAAGCAUGUUUACUUCUCACAAUCCUGUGACUGUGGUUCCUCCUGGAAAAACUGAGGCUCAGAGUGGCUGAGUAGCUUCAACUACCCAGGUCUGCCUGAGUUCAGGCCUCAGGCCCCUAUGGGCCAGCCUGAGACCCUCUGAGCUCCUUCUUUGGCAAAGCCGUGUCCCUGGCUCAGUUGGCCAGAGAUGUCAUUUCAGCCUGGACGUGCUGGGGUGCCGGCUCAACAUCCCGGUGACUCUGUACCUCCAAAUGGGGGCUUCUGGGGAACAGCCCCAGGAGGUGGGUUCGUGUGGCCUCUGCCUACCAGGGCAGGCCCGGAGGAAGCCCAUGCCUUUGCUCUGGUGGAGGCGUGGAAGCAAAGGGUGGCCUGAGGUCCAAGAGGGUUUGCAAAAACAAAAACAAAAAAAUAAGAAAACUCAAUCAUGUCAUAAGCUGGAAUCUCUGUAACUCCUCUCCAUUCUUUUAUUCUCCAGGCUAGUGGCAAAGAAGCAGGAUGGUGGCUGUGGGGGUGGUGAAUGAGUCACGGACACGUGCAGGUGACUCCUGGCCCCCUCCACAGGAAAUGCCUAGGCCUCAAAUCCUAUAAUGUCUGAGAUGGAAGAGGGCCUCAAGCUUGCCUUGUCUGGGCACUUCCUGUUCAGGUUGGGGCUCUGGGGCCCGGAAUCGACGGGGGUCACUUGGGAAGUUUGGGGCAGAGCUUGGCUUGGAGUCCAGGCCCCUGACCCUUAGCCCAGUGUAUUGUAUUGUGUUGUAUUGUAUUGUAUUGUAUUUAUUUAUUUAUUUAUUUUGAGGAGAGAGAGAGAGAAAGCAAGAGAGCAGAAGCAGGGGAAGGGCAGAGAGAAGGAGAGAGAGAAUACCAAGCAGGCUCCACACCAUCAAUGCAGAGCCCAAUAUAGGGCUUGAGCUCGUGAGCCGCGAGAUCAUGACCUGAGCUGAAACCAAGUCAGACGCUUAACCGACUGAGCCACCCAGGCGCUCCUUUAGAUUAAUGUUAGAAAGAAUGGUCUUGAAAUGGACUCUAUUUUGAAAUAAAACCUGAUGAAUGGGCACUCCUGGUUUACUUGAUGCUGAACAGGGGGGAUUUUCUCUAAGGCUAGGGCGCCAUGGGGAGUGGGGUGGGCAGAUCCCUGGGGCUGUGUUGGGAGACGAGUGGCUCUGUGAGUCCUGGGUUCUCUUCCCUGAUGCAGGCAGGGCAUCUGUUCCGCAUGGGCCUCACUUCCAUCCUGUCAUGGCCCCGGCUUCUGGGUGGAAGAGAGCAGAGCAAUUCCUCCCGUGAAGCCCCCUCCACACUUCCCUCCGAGGGGUGGACUCGCAGUUUGCAACAUGGAGAAAGGCAGAGGACCAAGCGCGACCAAAAGCCCUUCUCUGACCCGCUUGUCACCCGCUUCAGGAGAGGUACGUGCCACUCCUCAUAGCCUGGGAGACACCUGCCUGGACUCUGGCCCUUGGCGGCCACCCUGAUGCACAGGCUGGGAGCGAUGGGAACAGAGCAUCAGACACCUGCCCACUCAGUUGCCCUGAAGGAAACCUGGAAUCAUCUUCAGAUAUGGAUUGUUCAGCGGAGGGGUGAAAAAACCCAGAAACUUCAGAUGCCUGGCAGCCAGAGGCCCCGGAGAAGAGCCGCGCCAGGCCUUGGAAGGGCUGCCCUUGGAAGAGCACGCUGUGUCCCACAUAAGGUGCUCCUCCCAGCUUGCUUAAUUAUCUGGCGGUGCUUUGUUUAUUCUCAUUUUUUCCUUCCCUGUCCAAAGCGUCUGCAUUGACCAUCUCCUGUCAUCUGCACUGAGCCAUCUCUCAGGGCCUAGGGGGAUGGUGGAGGCUGCCCAGGGUCCUGAUUCUACUCUCCCAGGUUCAGAGACCUGCGGGUCACAAAGGACACUACCCUCCAGGGCAGCCCCUUGGAGGGCUCACACGCGCGAUCCUUUGCCGGCCACAGCCACAAACCAUCAUCAAAGACUGUCCUGUGUAAGCAGUGUUUCUCGAGCGCACAGGGGUUUUCAAAAUACUCUUACCUCUGUUCUCAAUUCUUCUCGUAACUGUGGGAAGCAGGCAGGGCAGGCUGAUGACCUGCACUGUUCUGAUGAGGACACUGAGGUACACCACAGUCAUGUGCUCACAUCGCAGGACCGAUUAUCCGCAGAGCCAUCAUUUGGACCUAGGUCUCUGGGUCCCAGAUUCUGGGUGCCUGCACUUGACCUUGGUUGUGUGAGAGAAGCAGCGGGAACACAGGAGUAUAGGAUUUGGGGUCUGGGAGACCUGGUCUCCAUUCCAAGCUCUGUCACUCGCUGCCUUCUCCACGUCGGUGCCGUGGAGACAGGACCGGCCACUUCCCAGGAUUGUUGUGUGGUGUAAAUGAAGUGACUACGGGUCCUGAACACAGUAGCUCCGGGAAUUGUCCUUCCCUUUUAGCCGUCCCAGGGGCCCAGGCGCAGGGGAGCACCUGUGAGGCCGGGGAAGUGGACAGGGGGUGACGAGCGGACAGACUGGGUUGCUCCGGGGAAGGCACGCAGAGAGAGCAGGAACCAAAUGUCAUUUGUGAGGCCACUCCCGAUUUAUGGGAUCUGGUGCAAAGACUUUGAAGACGCAAUAAAAUUCAUAUUCUGACAGGAAAUGACAACACAUGAGAGUCCUGACUUAGCAAACAAAAUUCAAAUUUUUUUUUUUUUUAAUUUUUUACAAGCUAAGAAAUUCUGGAUGGGUAGCAAAAAAAUCACAUUCUGAUGAGAUUAGCUUUCUGGAAUAGGAAUAGGCUUUCCCAAGAGAAACACGCCAACACCCCAUGAAGAUUGUAUAUAAACACCCCGGAGAGGCCUUGAGAGUCUAGAACCUGAGCUCCUUGCUUCACUGUGACCUGCCUCUGCUAGGAUCAUGGCCACCCAGGUCUGCUCCCCGGUCUUCUCCUCUGGGUCUGUCAAGGGCCUGUGUGGCACGGCAGGCGGCGUCUCUCGGGUGUCCUCCGUCCGCUCUGUGGGCUCCUGCAGGGUCCCCAGUCUUGCUGGUGCUGUGGGGUCUGCCUCCUCCAUCAGGCUGGGCCUCUCCAGCCUCGGGAGCUGCUUGCCCGGCUCCUACCUGGCCGCUGGCUGCUACCCCUCUGGCUUUGUUGGGAGCGGGGGCUGGUUCUGCGAGGGCGCCUUCAAUGGCAACGAGAAGGAGACCAUGCAGUUCCUGAACGACCGCCUGGCCAACUACCUGGAGAAAGUGCGCCAGCUGGAGCGGGAAAACGCGGAGCUGGAGACCAGGAUCCGGGAGUGGUAUGAGUCUCAGAUCCCGUACAUCUGCCCAGACUACCAGUCGUAUUUCAAGACCAUCGAGGACCUCCAGCAGAAGAUCCUGCUGACCAAGGCUGAGAACGCCAGGCUAGUCCUGCAGAUUGACAAUGCCAAGCUGGCUGCCGACGACUUCCGGACCAAGUACGAGACGGAGCUGUCCAUGCGGCAGCUGGUGGAGGCCGACACCAACGGCCUGCGCAGGAUCCUGGACGAGCUGACCCUGUGCAAGGCCGACCUGGAGGCCCAGGUGGAGUCCCUGAAGGAGGAGCUGCUGUGCCUCAAGAAGAACCACGAGGAGGAAGUCAACACACUCCGUUGCCAACUCGGGGACCGACUGAACGUGGAGGUGGAUGCCGCCCCCCCAGUGGAUCUCAACAAGAUUCUGGAUGAUAUGAGAUGCCAGUAUGAGGCCCUGGUGGAGAAUAACCGUCGAGACGUGGAGGCCUGGUUCAACGCCCAGACCGAGGAGCUGAACCAGCAGGUGGUGUCCAGCUCGGAGCAGCUGCAGUGUUGCCAGACAGAGAUCAUCGAGCUGAGACGCACGGUCAACGCCCUGGAGAUCGAGCUGCAGGCCCAGCACGGCAUGAGGAACUCUCUGGAAUCCACCCUGGCGGAGACCGAGGCGCGCUACAGCUCCCAGCUGGCCCAGAUGCAGUGCCUGAUCAGCAACGUGGAGGCCCAGUUGGCCGAGAUCCGCUGUGACCUGGAGCGGCAGAACCAGGAGUACCAGGUGCUGCUGGACGUCAAGGCCCGGCUGGAGUCGGAGAUCGCCACCUACCGCCGCCUGCUGGAGGGCGAGGACUGCAAGCUGCCUGCCCACCCUUGUGCCACGGAAUGCAAGCCUUCCGUUAGGGUACCUUACGUCUCGACUGUGCCCUGUGCUCCGGCUGUGCCCUGCGGCCCGGCUCCCCAGGUCAGCACCCAGAUCCGCACCAUCACCGAGGAGAUCAGAGACGGGAAGGUCGUCUCCUCCAGGGAGCACCUGCAGCCCUGCCCACUGUAGCCAGACCCCCGGAGGGACACCCCUGUGGCUCCUGGCUCUAAAUAACCCCCCCUCCAUUCCCUAGAGGGGCUCCCCGCUCAGCAGAUUUUUUUUCUACCAAAAUAACUUCUUAUAUUGUGUUUCUGGACUUAACUGCUUUUAUGCAAAACUAGGUUCCCCUGGAAUUCUACCCAAUAAAGUGUGUUCUCUUGGCAUUGCAAA